UUAAGAAUUUCUUUAUUCCAUCACUUAGAAAAGAACCUGGCAUGCAGCAAUACAUGUGACAUGACUGAACAGAUGGGCAGUUUGGGAACUCAUUUUCAUGGGUUGAUUAUGAGGUCUUGGUUAGGUUCCCAGCUCCACCAUCAUCCAGUUUGGUGGCUCGGGUAAAUUAUUUAACGUAUUUAACCUUGUAUGCCUCAUUUGAAAAGAGGGUAUAAGCCUCUUCCCCCGCAGAGAGGUUUUGACUGUAUGUUCUGCCUGUCACCUAUUGUGCGUGUUUCCCCACAGGUACUCCCUGGAGACCCAGCCCUGCUACUGUCACACAUUUCAGUGAUGUCACAGCUCCCCUGCCUGGCAGCGCCAGCACCACCAUGUGAUGCCCAGUCUGAGUGCUGGCUGAGCUGAGAGGGACAGGGUGCAAGUGCUGCCCACUCCAGUCUUCCUUCUUAGUCUUUAAGGCCUCACAGCCCCAGCAUGAGUCCAUCUGUAAGGAAGAGGCCCAAGAAAAGGGUGGUUUCCAAGGUCAGCCUUUGGACUGGAACCUGGGUGAUGUCAGGAGCUCAGAGAAUCCAGCCACACCAAGGACUACUAGCCCACGGGGAAGGCUAGGGUAGUCAGGAGAGUUAAAAUUAUCAACCCAUUUCUGUCUCCAAGUCAAGGUGACAAAACUCCCAGUCCAGGAGGGUCAAGCCAUGCUCAGCCAAAUGAAGAGGCAUAAUGGAGACGUUGGCAGGUGGAUAAUUGCUCUUGAGCUAGUUCUCUCUCCUUCUCUGUCCCUCAGAUGCAAGACCAGAAACUGCGGGACAACAUAAAGGAGCCUGCCAGCAAAUUAAUUGAACUGAGCCGACUUAAAAUGGUGUUAAGAAACUUGUCGCUUUUGAAGCUAUUCAAGAGCUCAAAUGGCCGGAUCCAAGAACUGCAUCACUUGGCCAGAAAGUGCUGGAAUUCAAUACUCAGGUUUCCGAAGAUUCUCGAAAUUUCCUCUGGCCUGUACUCUAUCAUCAUGAGAAUAAUGGGCUUGACUCAACUAUCUUGGGACCAGGGCCUUAAUCCUGCUCUGCUGACAGUCUUUCAUCUUUCUGUCAGGGACAACAAUAUCUGCAAUAAAGUGAAAGAAAACAAUGAGCUCCAGGAGGCUAGAUCCCUUGAAAAACAAAUGGAGUCUACAAGGGAACCUGAGGAGACAAGGCCCAAGAAUUUGAGGCCCAAGGUGGGGACCAAGGCAAAGAGAUCGCCUGUAGCAGAGCCAUGGGAAGAAAAGCAGAUGCAGCCUGAGGAUCCGAGGACAUCAAGCACAGGAGCUCACAGGCGGCAGCUGCACACUGGGGGCUCCCACGUCAUCUUCCUGAAGACCUCCCACCACAGAACUCCUAUGGGGGACAUGAAGCUACUGGAUGUAACUGACAAGUCCAUCUGGUUUGAGGGGCUGCCCACACGAAUCCACCUCCCAGGGCCCCGGAUCAUGUGUAGAUCCUCCAACCUGCGCUGGGUCAAGCGCUGCUGUACCCGCUUCUGCUCUGCAUCACUUGAGCUGUCUAUGUGCCAUCCAUAGGUGGAUGUGACAGUGCCACUGCCUGGCCCAGGAUGGAGAUACAAUCAGCUGAACGGGAGGGAUGGGCGGGAAAAUUCACGAGUCUACAAAUAAAAUCUCCCAUAUGGCACUGAAGAAUACUACCGCUGGCUCUGCCUGUUUGGGGCUGGGAAACAUGGAGCACAGAGGCCCUCGGGGAAGGCAGGGAGGGAGUGUGUGUGUGUCACAACUUCCAGCUCCCCCUGCUCCAACCAUCAGUCUAGAAAUGGAACAAA